CUAACAGUCCUCAAUGUUGUGUUUCUUUUUCCCCCCAGAACCUUUUAUGCGACAUCCAGAAAGAGGAAGUUACAAUACUCACCUGAGGGGGUGACUGCUGGGAAAAGGAAGAAGCUUUCUCCAUGUAGCAGCCCCCCCCAACCCGUUGGCUCUGAUAACGAGCCUUUCAAUGCAACAUCCAGAAAGAGAAAGUUACAGUACUCACCUGAAGGGGUGACUGCACAGAAAAGGAGGAGGCUUUCUCCACCUAGCAGCACCCCCCACCCCGUUGACACUGAUAACGAAGAUUCCAGAGAAAAGGAAGAAGCACAAGACGAGACAAGCAACCCAAACCAAUUUGAAGUAAAGUACGAGAAGCAGGGCCUGCUGGGAGAAGGAGGUUAUGGGUCCGUGUAUGCUGGCUUUCGCGUUGCUGAUCGCUUCCCAGUUGCGAUCAAAUACAUACCACAAUCCAAGGUCUUACGGCAAACCGAUAAUGAAGGCAAGCAGAUACCUACAGAGGUUCUGAUAAUGCAAAAGGCGGCUGAUGGAGAGGUGGGGUCCACAGCUGCUGUGUCACUGCUUGACCACUAUGACCAGGAAGACGACUUGAUCCUAGUCAUGGAGAGACCCACGCCAGUCGAAUGCCUAUUCGACUAUAGAGUCAAAAAACCGAUGCUGGAAGAAGACGAGACCAAGAUCAUCCUGAAGCAGCUUGUAAAAGCUGCUAAAGAGCUGGAAGACAGGGAAAUCUUCCACCAGGAUAUCAAAAUGGAGAACAUCCUGGUGGAGACCAGCUCCACUGUCCCGCGUGUCCGCCUUAUUGAUUUCGGCCUCAGCAGCUUCACAAAGAGGGACAUAAUGCACACAUUUGUCUGGGAAACGACGUGUCAAGACCCCCCUGAAUUCACACAUUGCCGCUCCUAUUCAGCCGGGCCCACCACGGUGUGGCAGGUUGGGGUGGUAACAUUCGAACUUCUGCACGAAAGUCCUUUCCAUGCCCAAAGAUUUUUUUGGAAGGACUUGAAGCCACGCCCGGAGCUGUCUAAAGACUGCAAGGACUUCCUGGAGAAAUGUCUGGCCUCACUCCCACACUGCAGGCCAGCAUUAGAAGAUCUCCUUCUUCAUCCAUGGCUGAGUGGAUAAAACCACCCAGUCAUGAAGAGAUGGACAAAUAAAAAAACAAAAAAUUAAAAAAAUAUAUAAAAAACAAAAAACAAAACAAAAAAAAACAGAAAAACGAAAUAAAUACAUAAAAAAUACAUUCCCCGAAGGGGAAGUUUUCAGGGGGCAUCGGCCGAUGGCCUGUACAGGUCCGGAACGCCGGUGUCCUUGCUCAGCUUCUCCUUUAAAAGCGGUUGGGUCAUAUUUACAACCCUUCACCGAGGCGCAGCCCAUCAUCAAAGGCCCAGGAUCGGCGACCAGCCAUGGGUCACAGGCAUCACCACCAGCCCCUGAGGAUGCAGCGCCUCGUCUGUUGAUUGAUCCACAACCAGCCAUGGAGAACAGGCAUCACCACCAGCAACUGAGCUGAGCGAGGAUACAGCACCUCUUCUGUUGAUUGAUCCACAAGCAGCCAGGGGGAACAGGCAUCACCACCGAGCUGACCCCGCAUUCAGCGCCUCUUCCACCAAUCGUAAGUUUCGGGCUGCUCUUGAAAAAAAACUCCUCCCUCUAACAAAAAAACCUCUCGUUAGCCUCUUAGCAUGAUUAUCAAUUAAUGAAUGUCCCCAUAAGGGGGGUGGUGGUGGGCCAAAGGGGGAAGAGGUGGGGUAAAAUUUCAAAAUACUAAAGUUAAAAUUUAGAUUGGAAGACAAAAGGAGGACUUUGCACAAAUAUACUCCUGAUUUUCUAUUAAAGUGUAGAAUCCUAAACGUCAAAAAAAAUCUGUCCAACACAAGAAACGCAGAUUCAGUUCAGCUGCUGGACAGAAAAAC